AUGAAUUUUAUUACAUCAUUAUUGUUACUAUCAAGUAAUACGUUUCUACACCCAACAACAACAUACUUACAAUCCAUCAAUGAUUCAAUUGUUCUUGUGACAUCUUCAAUGCCAUCAAAAUUAACAACAUUUGGUUAUGAUCAUAUAUCAACAAUUUCUGGCGUUAAUGGAACCAAUAAUAUCGAUUACAUAAAGUUAUUAAACGAUACCAACGAUACCAAUUCCACAUUUGUUCAAUUGGAUAAUUCUGAUUCAGAAAUUAGCGAUAGCUCAUCAAAUUCUGGAGAUAUGUCUUCCAACGAGGAGAUUGAGGAGCAAGUAGCACUAGUGAAUUCUUCGAGUGAAUUAUCCGAUGAAAGUAAUGACGAGGGCCAUGACAAUGAUAGUGAUGACAAUGGGGAUGAAGUUGAAAAUUUGGAAAAUAAUCAAGCCAACGAAAAUGACAGCCAAGAUGAAGAUGAUAGAGUGUUCAAUUAUGAAGGCAACAGUGCCAGUAGCAGUGAAAAUGAAAGCGAAAACCAUUUGGAACAGGAACCAGAACCGGAACAGCAACACUAUUACUAUAAAAAUAGACUGAAGUUUUAUAAUCAUUUUUUACAUUAUCCUGAAGUGGUAAUAAACAACAAUGAUGACAGAGAUGAGUUACCACCACCAAAGAAUAAUUUAUUACUGAGACUGUCAAGACAAAGCAACAGAAGAUUGAUGGAAAAUUCAAAAAAGAAAACUGUCAAAUCCAAAUCCAAACCAUCCAAAUUAAAGCAAAAAUCUAGAAAAUCUCAUAAAAAAAGACCUAAACAUCUCAAAUCAAUUAGAAAACCAAAAGAUGUUGAAAUAAAUGAGAUCACCACAGUAGAAGUGAUCACAUUAACCAUUACAAAAGUUUUAACAAGACAUGAUUUGAAUGCAGCAGUAACACCAAUUCAACAGCAUCAAAGUGGCCACUUGAUUAUUGGCUACCCCUUUGGUCCUGACAAAAUGCCACUACCUAUAGCAACUAAAAGUACAUUCCAUGAUCAAUACAAACCUGGUGGUGUUUUAAAGGAAGUUGAUACAAGUCCAACAAAAGAGCAUGAUUCUAGUGACGCGAAUGAAAAUAAACAACCAAAUCCAAUACCAGGAAAGACAGAACUGCCAAAAAGUACUAAUUCUAAUUCUGUUGCACUGACGUAUCAUCAUGAACCCUUUGAAACAAUACAACAACCCAAAAAACAAUUUACUAAUAGGACUGGAAACUCUGAAAUACCAGAAAACUACCCAAAUAAUGUACAAGAUAUUGAUGACAUUACAUUCCCUAUUGAAUUAUCCAAUCUGAUUACCACACUGAUUUUGUAUUCAAUACUACCAAUAAAUCAAACUAAUCUAUCAAGAAUUGACACCAUAUCACUAGUACCAGAAACUGAAUCAGCAUCCUCUCCUCGAUAUUCUAGUCACCAUAGUGAAUUUACCGUUGAAAGACCACCUCGACCAAGUCGAACCAAAAAAAGACCCCGUCUUAGAACCAAAAAACCCAUAAAAGUAUCGACACACACAUCUGCUAUUCCCAUAGAAAGUUCAAAAUCAAUAUCGAGUUCUGAUAAUAUUAGAAAUAUAAUUGCAACUAGCCCAACUUCCUCAACCUAUAACAUGCCUCAAAAUAAUAAUUAUGAUAAACAACCAAUAUCUUUGUCAAUGACAACUGACGCUACCACGAGAAGUGUUACAAUCACGGAGAAGUUAGAUAAACCGAAAUUUCCAGACAUUUUCACUAUAAUAAGGAGCAAACUCUUGAGCAAAAAACCACAAGAAACCAAAAUGUAUUCAAGCAUUCCCACAUUUAUAUCAAGUAGUAGUACUAGUAGUACUAGUAGUAGUAGCAAUGACGGAACUCACAAAUUCGAAACUAGUAUAAAAUCAAAAGGAGAUAGUCAAACACAGGAAAACACAUUCCAUAACGACACAAACGCAAUUUCUAAAACCAGUGUUGUAUCAACAACAACAAUAUCUACUAAAUCAAACGAUGAUAUUUUGAAAUCAUUCAUACAAUUCACAGAAACAAUCCAUUCUCAAAUUCAAUUCCCUAUUGUUGACGAUAAAGAUGAUAAUGUUGGCAAUAAUUAUCAUCGUCGAUUUACUGGCGUUGUCUUACCAGAGAAUCGACAAUUCAUAUUCCGAUCAGCUUCGCAAAAUUUAUCAUUUUCGGUGUUGGGAUUAAUUGUUUUAUUGUUAUUAGUACCUGGACUAUUGAUAAUUAUUAUGUAG